AUGUGUCCUAUCUUCAUAGAACCACAGAAUCAAACAGGUGAUUCAGAAUUCUUCCUCCUGGGACUCUCAGAUGAUCCAGAACUGCAGCCUCUUCUGUUUGGGCUCUUCCUGUCCAUGUACUUGGUGAUCAUGCUUGGAAACUUACUCAUGAUCCUGGCUGUCAUCUCUGACUCCCACCUCCACACACCUAUGUACUUCUUCCUUUCCAAUUUGUCCUUGACUGACAUCAGUUUCAGCACCACUACAGUUCCCAAGAUGCUGGUGAACCUCCAGACACACAGCAAAUCCAUCACCUAUGCAGGCUGCCUAACUCAGGUUACCUUUUUUUCUCUUUUUGGAUGUUUGGACAGUCUACUCCUGGCUGUGUUGGCCUAUGACAGGUUGGUGGCCAUUUGUCAGCCCCUACACUACCUGGUCAUCAUGAGCCCCCGCCUCUGUGCCAUCUUUGGUGGUGUCCCACUCUCAGGGAUCCUUUUCUCUUACUAUAGAAUUGUGUCCUCCAUUCUGAGAAUCCCAUCAUCAGGUUCAAAAUAUAAAGCCUUCUCCACCUGCGGCUCUCACUUGUCAGUUGUUUGCUUAUUUUAUGGAACAGGCCUUGGUGUGUACCUCAGUUCCGCUGUGUCAUCUUCCCCAAGGAAGGAUGCGGUGGCCUCAGUGAUGUACACUGUGAUCACCCCCAUGCUGAACCCCUUCAUCUACAGCUUGAGGAACAGAGACAUCAAGAGUGCCCUAUGGAGGAUGGUCCAAAGAAUAGGCUGA